AUGCACCGCCAGUUCCACGACCUCGGGAAGUUAUUGGGACUGCGCAGCGUCUGCGUUCAUUCCGGCGUCGCCAAGGACACGCAGUACGCCGAGCCCGCCGUAGGAUGCGACGUCUGCGUCGGGACUCCAGGUCGCCUCCAGCAGUUCGUGACGGCACGGCAGUUGAAGCUUCUCCCAUGCAUGAUCCUUGUCGUCGACGGCGCAGACCGGAUGCUGUCCAUGGGCCUGGAGCACGAGCUGACGCAGAUUGCCCACAAGAUCAGGCCGGACCACCAGACGGUGAUGUGGGUCACCUCGUGGCUGAAGGGCCCGCAGCGCCUCGUCGAUUACAUGCUCGAAAACUACGUCCAGAGCGUGCACGUCGUCAAGCAGACCGAGAAAGAGCACGUGCUCGCCAAGCUCCUCAAGGACCUGCUCAGGGACGAGGUCGGAAGGGUUGUGGUGAACUCAAAGACACGGGAAGCGGUGCGCAAGGUGGCCUUGCAGCUGCACUCGGUUUCCCAGAUUCGGAAACCAUCGCCCAUCGCCCGGAAGUGCUGCGCUAAAAACGCCGGAACAGGAUGCACAUAA